ACAUGUUAUGUAUCAAUCCUCGUUUUAGACUUUAACUGUUUCAGCGUUUUCUGUUUGAAUACUCCCUUAAUUACCUUCUACUUUGUACUUUCACUGUAUUCUAUCAUUCUCGCUACACUAAUCUCUUCCUUAAUGCGAAUGCUGUUUUGCGGUUAACAACUUCUUAUCUUCUUCUCACCCCAUAAUGCUGCGACAGGUUUUUGCUUUGGUACACACUUUCUGCUCUGAAUUAUAAAUUUCUAACCAGCAUGACUCCAGGUACGCCAUUCUGUCUUUUACCCUUUUUGUUUUCUUCUUUUUGGAUUAUAAAUUUUAAGCCUCAGACUAUUCAACUUCUUAUAUUAUAUCGUGAAGGAGCUGUUGCUGUUGAAGGGGAUACUGAAGAUAGAAUCAGUGCUCUACCAAGAAACGUUAUAGAUGGUAUCUUAAGUCUCUUGCCUGUACACGACGCAGCAAGAACUAGUAUUUUGUCCAAAAAUUGGAGAUAUAUUUGGGCCAUGCUUCCCAAUUUGGUGCUUGAUAAUCACUUUUGCAAUAAAUUAGCACUAAAAUCUCAAUCUGUCCUCAAAGAAACUGUAGAUGAGAUUCUCUUAGAACAUCUUGGAUACAUCGUGAAAUUUGUUCUUGAUAUGUCAGGAACACAUUUGACUUCAUCUGCACAUAUUGAUAGAUGGAUGCGUUUUGUCACCAGAAAUAAUGUCAAGGAGCUAAUCCUUGACAUGCCAGAUAAUAGUACUUAUAAACUCCCUUCGCAUGUGUUUAAUUGCCCAACCCUGUCAUAUUUGGAACUCUGCAACAGUUUAUUCAAACCACCAAAUUCUUUUCUAGGCUUUCAGAAUCUUAUAAACCUCUAUCUGAAUAAAGUAACCUUUGUGUCAACCCCAGAUUUUCCUGUUAUUAACGCCCCCCUUCUUGUCAAAUUGACCUUGACGCACUGUAAUGGUACUCAAAACCUCAACAUUGUUGUCUCAUCGCGGUUGAAGUACUUGUCUGUUCGUGAGAGUCAUUAUAAUCUUGACCUAAAUCGCUUUAUGACCUGCAAAAAGUUGACAUGCUUAUACCUUGCGGUUGAGAGUCCAAUACCUGCUGAUAAAAGAUCAACUCAUGAAAAGAUUAUUUUUAGCUUGUCUACACUUGAGGUACUUACUUUGGCUUCACAUUUCCUUGAGCUUUUGAGUGCAGGUGCAGUCCCAAAUGGGCUUCCUAUUACACUCAACUGCUUGUGGCAUCUAAGGUUAGGUGUAAACUUCAGCAAAUUGGGUCAGACUUCUUACACUCUGGAGUUGAUUAAGAAUUCCCCCAAUUUGAGAAAACUUGAAAUUUGGGACAAUACUACCAGUGACCCUGCUAAAGCUGUUAUGAAAUAUCUUGACACACCAGCCUGUUUGGACCGAACACUCAACAAGCUCAGAGAUGUUUCCGUCCAUCAUUUUAGGCGUUCAAAAACUGUACUAUCUUUCGUAAAGUUAUUGUUUGCUCAUGCUCCAUCUUUGUUAAGGAUGAGCAUUAUGCCGACAAAAGCUUCUGAUUCCAAAGAAGAAUUGAAUAUUGCCACAGAGUUGAUGCGUUUACCCAGAGUAUCUCCUAAAGCAGAGCUAUGCUAUCAUCCAAUUGAGUAGUUGAAUUAAGGCUGAGUGAUGCUUUUAUCUGUUCUCGAUGAGUUUUGUUAAAGAAGGGAAUGAAUUGGCGAAUUAUGUAAACUUGCGUGGUUCCUGUAUUAAAUAGGUUACUUCAAUAGUAGAUGUUUCGAAAAUCCAGUCUUUA